AAAAAAACAAAAAACAAAAAAAUUCAUAUUGUACUACAAUAAUAUAUUUUGUAUCGUACCACAUCAUAUUCAUUGGAAAAUUUCAUUUCUCUCUCCUCACUCUCUCACAGAGAAAGAGAGAAAGAAUACAAGAGAAGAGAGAAGAGAGAGUAGCCCAGAACCAGAAGAAGCAAAGCAAUUGCUCCUCUGACGAACUGCCGUUUCAUUUCAAUUUUCUAAGUCAGCCAUCAAUAAUUGGAAACCAUCAUGGGGAGGAAGAAGCGAACUCAAAAUCCUAGUGGAGGUGAAAGCUCCGAGCGUCAGGAAGGUAGUGGGGGCAGUGAUCAAGCAUUCCGAAGGACUUCCCCUUCACCUUCACCUUCACCUUCACCUUCACCCCAACAACACAAUGAAGGACCAAGAGGAGGAAGUUACCAAGGUGGAAGAGCCUGGGCCCCACAAGGACCACAAGGGCCACAAGGACCACAAGGACCACAAGGAGGCCAGAGAGGCUAUGGUGGUGGUGGUGGCGGCCGUGGCCGUGGGAUGCCACAACAGCAGCAAUAUAGUUAUGCUGGGACCUCGGCUCAGGCGCAUGAAUAUCGAGGUAGGGGCAGGGGUGGUCAGGGAGGAGGAGGCCCAACUCAGGCAGGAGGAGGUCGUGGCGGUCAUGGCGGCGGCGGUCGUGGCCGUGGGGGAGGAGGACCUUCUUAUGUUGGUGGUCCAGCCAGACCAUCAGUUCCCGACCUGCACCAAGCGACCCCUGCUCCAUAUGUUGCCGGGGUCACCCCUCAGCCCACAGGCCCCACAGCCUAUGCACCCUAUACGCCCUAUGAGCCUCAGUCUUCAGAAUUGGUACAGCCUUUUCAACAGAUUUCUAUCCAGCAAGAAGGUGCUCCUGCUCCUGCUCCUGUCCAUGCAAUUCAACCCAUUCCAGCCUCAAGUAAGUCUGUGAGGUUCCCUCUUCGCCCUGGCAGAGGCACCACUGGCAUAAAAUGUAUAGUCAAGGCAAACCACUUCUUCGCUGAAUUGCCAGACAAAGAUUUGCACCAGUAUGAUGUUACAAUUACACCUGACAUUGCAUCACGGAGGUUGAAUCGGGCUGUGAUGAAGCGGCUGGUGGAUUUAUACAGGGAAUCCCAUCUUGGAAAUCGGCUCCCUGCCUAUGACGGGCGCAAGAGUCUGUAUACUGCUGGGCCACUUCCUUUCUCAUCAAAAGAAUUUAAGAUCGCACUUAUGGAUGACGAUGAUGGAUCAGGCGGGCAAAGGAGGGAGAGAGAAUUUAAAGUGGUGAUCAAAUUUGCUGCACGUGCUGACCUGCACCAUCUAGAACUCUUUCUGCAGGGGAGGCAAGCUGAGGCUCCUCAGGAAGCCCUUCAGGUUCUUGACAUUGUUCUGCGUGAAUUGCCUACUGCUAGUUACUAUCCUGUGGGGCGUUCAUUUUAUUCCCCUGAUCUGGGGAGAAGGCAGUCACUCGGUGAGGGUUUGGAAAGUUGGCGUGGAUUCUAUCAAAGUAUUCGUCCAACGCAGAUGGGGCUGUCUCUGAAUAUUGAUAUGUCCUCUACGGCUUUCAUUGAGCCACUGCCGGUCAUUGAAUUUGUCAAUGAGCUGCUCAAUCGAGAUAUUUCAUCUAGACCAUUGUCUGAUGCUGAUCGGGUGAAGAUAAAGAAGGCUCUACGAGGAAUCAAGGUUGAGGUCACUCACCGUGGAAAUAUGCGCAGAAAAUACCGCAUAUCUGGUUUGACAUCGCAGGCCACAAGAGAACUGACUUUUCCACUUGAUGAAAGAGGUACUAUGAAAUCAGUUGUUGAGUACUUUCAUGAAACCUAUGGUUUCAUUAUUAAGCACACCCAACUGCCUUGUCUACAAGUGGGAAAUCAACAAAGAUCAAAUUAUUUGCCCAUGGAGGUCUGCAAAAUUGUUGAGGGUCAAAGGUACUCAAGGAGGUUGAAUGAGAGGCAGAUUACUGCUUUGCUGAAGGUGACCUGUCAGCGUCCUCACGAAAGGGAACUUGAUAUCAUGCAGACAGUUCGUCAAAAUGCUUACCACGCAGAUCCUUAUGCUCAAGAGUUUGGAAUUAAAAUAAGUGAGAAUCUCACUUUAGUUGAAGCUCGCAUCCUUCCUGCACCAAGGCUUAAAUAUCAUGAUACGGGUAGAGAAAAAGAUUGCCUGCCUCGCGUUGGACAGUGGAACAUGAUGAAUAAGAAAAUGGUUAAUGGGGGCACAGUCAACAAUUGGAUGUGCAUAAAUUUCUCAUGGAAUGUGCAAGAUGCUGCUGCCCGUCGGUUCUGUCAUGAACUUGCUCAAAUGUGUAACAUUUCUGGCAUGGCAUUUAAUCCAGAACCAGUUCUUCCACCUAUUAGUGCUCGUCCAGAUCAGGUAGAGAGGGCCCUAAAAACUCGCUACCACGAAGCAAUGACCAAACUCCAGCCACAGGGCCAGGAGCUUGAGCUGCUUAUUGCUAUUUUGCCUGAUAAUAAUGGCUCUCUUUAUGGUGAUUUGAAACGAAUUUGUGAAACAGAUCUUGGCCUUGUUUCCCAGUGCUGUUUAACGAAGCACGUAUUUAAGACAAAUAAGCAACAGUAUUUGGCAAAUGUAACAUUGAAGAUUAAUGUGAAGGUUGGGGGAAGGAAUACAGUGCUAGUUGAUGCUCUGUCAAGGCGAAUUCCUUUAGUCAGCGACCGGCCUACCAUCAUUUUCGGUGCUGAUGUCACCCAUCCUCAUCCUGGAGAGGAUUCAAGUCCAUCAAUUGCGGCUGUUGUGGCUUCUCAAGAUUGGCCUGAAGUUACAAAGUAUGCUGGUUUGGUUUCUGCUCAAGCCCAUCGACAGGAACUCAUCCAAGAUUUGUUCAAAACAUGGCAGGAUCCAGCAAGAGGGACAAUGUCUGGUGGCAUGAUCAAGGAACUGCUCAUAUCUUUCCGUAGAUCAACUGGGCAGAAACCUCAACGUAUCAUAUUUUACAGGGAUGGUGUCAGUGAAGGCCAGUUUUAUCAAGUUUUGCUGUAUGAACUUGACGCCAUUCGUAAAGCAUGUGCCUCUUUGGAGCCUGACUAUCAGCCUCCCGUGACUUUUGUUGUGGUUCAGAAGCGACAUCAUACCAGGUUGUUUGCCAACAACCAUUCUGACCCCAAAGCUGUUGACAGAAGUGGGAAUAUAUUACCUGGUACCGUUGUCGACUCCAAAAUCUGUCAUCCAACUGAAUUUGACUUCUACUUGUGCAGCCAUGCUGGAAUCCAGGGCACUAGCCGUCCAGCUCAUUACCAUGUGCUAUGGGAUGAAAACAAGUUUUCAGCUGAUGGAUUGCAGACCCUUACAAAUAACCUUUGCUAUACAUAUGCAAGGUGCACACGUUCUGUUUCCGUGGUGCCCCCUGCAUACUAUGCACAUCUUGCUGCAUUCCGAGCGCGGUUCUAUCUGGAACCACAGACGUCAGAAGGGGGGUCAGUGACAAGUGGUGCGAAUGCUGGACGUGGGUACACGGGUGGACGGGGCACGCGAGCACCGAAUGCGAAUGCUGCUGUGAGGCCUUUACCUGCUCUGAAGGAGAAUGUGAAAAGGGUUAUGUUCUACUGUUAGGGAUAGAUUGUCUGGCCUGGGCCCUAAACCCUGGUGCAGUAAUCAUAAUAAUAAUGGGCUGUCACUUCACUUGCUGGUUGUAAUUAAGUUAAGAUAAUAUAGUUGUAGUAAGUAAUGAUGAUGUAUGUGUUUGCUUGCUAGUUGCUGCGCAUCAUCCUGGCUGGUGAUGUGUUAAGUAUGUGAUACAUUAGUUGAGAUGCUGAAUAAUCUGUCCGUCCACAGGGACAGGGGGACCUUUCCUUUGCUUGUCUAUGACAAUGUAUAUUUGUUUUGAGUGACUUAUCCUGGGCUGGGCCUUGUGAAUUGUGAACUGAUAAUGUGUUUUGUUGAACCGGGUGCUGGUGACUCAUCUGAUGUAAUUGGAAAAGCUUGAAGCAGUCUGAGAUGG